AUGACGACAACCGGUGGGUUCGCCUCCUCCUUUGUGGAUCUGCUUGGUCAGCUCGCCCGCUGCGCCGAGGCCCGUGGUGUGUACCAGCCGGGGCUGGACGAGGCCUUUGUUCCUCGCUGGAAGGGUCGCUUUGCGGCGCUGGUCCAUCAGAUGAACGCUGACCACAUCCAGCGCCACUUUGGCGGUGUCUGCCUGCGCUCGUCCUUUGCUUUCAGCUCUGGGGUUCAAACACCUAAUUUAAUACUUUUGGAGGAUGCAUCAAGGGCUGCCGACUUUGAGGACCACGUGCAGCGAGCUGGCUUCCAGAUGGCCACGGUCAAGGACGCGGCGACCCAGCGACCAGCUGAGAUCAUUGCCCUCCGCUCCAAGGCGGCACUUGACGACCUGAUGGCCAAGUGCGCGCUGGACCUGCAGCAGGCAUAUCUGGCCUCACGCGAGUGGGGCGUCAGCACUGUCUUGACCAUGCGCGGGCGAGACAAGUUGCGUCGCUUGAGCGACACGACCUUUGCCAUUGCGGUCGUGUCCAUGAUGGGUUUUGGCCUCCAUGAACUCAUCAACAUCAAGCCGACGGACAAGUGCCCGCUCUGCAGCAGCAAGACACCCCAGCCGCGACUGACCCGCGAGCACCUGCUGACCUGCCGUCCCAUCAAGCGACACAACGCCCUUCGCGACGAGAUGGGCCGCCUGCUCAGGUACGCCACCCUCUCCCAUGUCUGGGUGGAAAAGUCUGGCUACAACGCCAACGGUCAGAGCUGCCGCAUCGACCUGCACUGCCGCAACCCCUUUCCCGGCGGUGCUCUGGGCCCAGCUCUGCCCGACCUGGGCAUUGACGUGACUGUGCGCACAGCCCAACCCCCGACCACCUCGCAAGCCUGCAUCAAGGUGGGCGCUGCCCUUCGCCGAGCCGAAAAGGAGAAGCGCGAGUACUACACCGGUUUCAACCAUGGAAAAACUCUGAUCGUCCCUGCGGCGAUGACGACAACCGAGCCGAAAGCAAAGCUGGGGCUUGAUGCCGGUGAGGAGCUCAUAGGCACAAUAGCCAUUGAGGUGCUCCUUGGGGCGGAUGUUGAUGAGGUACUCGGCGUGCUUUAUUAG